AAACAGAGCGCGAGAACCGGGAAGAAUUGGAAGGGUUUAGAGUAGCAGAAGCUUAACUACAUAGAGCGCAAAUAUUCCAACUCUGAAAACCGUGGUGAUUAGGGUUUAAAUCAGAGCUCUAAAUGGAUGGAUUGAAAGUAUCAGAUGCUAAUUUAGUAGUGUAUGUUCACCCAUCGAAGGGUAACAGGGUUUCUCAAGCAAUACGCCGCGAGCUUAGUUCUCUGCUCUUCAAAUUUAGUGAAAUUUUUGAAGGUGUUGUGCUGGCUUAUGAUGUCAACAUUCUGGAUGAAAAUGCAAAAAUCCUUUCUGGGAUUCAUCCGUAUUUUGGUGUGAGGCUAAAAGCAAAGCUCUUACUUUUUUCUCCAAAACCAAAUAUGCUCUUAGAAGGGAAAGUGGUGAAGCUUACACAAGAGUCCAUUCAUGUUAUUGUUCUGGGAUUUUCAUCUGCUAUUAUAAUAGACAAAGACAUACGAGAUGAGUUCUACUAUAAAAUUAAACAUGGUGAAGAAGUUUUUGCUAGCAGAUCCCAAAAGCGACAUGUGAUAAAGGUUGGAACCAUGAUACGGUUUUUGGUUAAAAGCUUCAAUGAGGAAAUCCUUCAUAUCUUUGGAUCCUUGAGUCCAGCUCAUACUGGAAGCAUUCGUUGGUUAGAUAAGAAAUCAGAAGAUGUUUCAGUUGAUAGGAGUACUAGGAAGAGGAGGGAGGGUUUGAGGGAGCCAGAUUUGCUGGACAAUGGAACCAUUGGUGAUGGAGCAUCUUCAUUGAGCAAUGAUCGUAGGAUGAAGAAGUCAAAGAAGCAUAGAUCUGCCGAAGAUCAUUAGAGUCUGCUAUGGAAAUUCCAUUUGUUGAAGGCGUUUUCUUGCCCAGUUUAGGACAUUUUAUGCUUCCACAGUUCCAACAUAGGUUAGUUGUAUGCUGGGAGAUAGGAGGCUGAUUCCAAAUUUGACGACAUUGAAAGGCGAAAAUUUGUUCUUGGAAGCAAAAUGGCUUGGUUUCCUUUCAAAUGUUUUGACAGCCGUUUUAGAGCUUCUUAAUUUUGAUGUAGCGGAAACCCAUUCAAAGAGUUAGAUUUGCUUAUCCUCUGUACAUUUGAUGAAAUCGAUUGUAUAACAUUUGAUCUGCUACCAUUGAUAUAUUGAUAACAUAUUACACUUUCAAUUGAAUACUUAAUUGCGACAUCCU